AUGGCAGACUUGGACAUGGAUAACCGAGAUCCCAAUGAUCUUAACGAUCAUGUGAAGGUGUUGUUUGAAGACGUCAUCGGCGAGCCGGACGCGGCUCAUAGCGCGGACUGCGUCUGGCGGAACUCGUACAAGUGCUUCACGUGCACCAAGAACUGCUGCUACAUGCUGCUCACCUUCCUCUGCGGCAUCCCCCUCGCCUUCUGCUGGGGCUGCGAGUUCGCCAUGGUAACCUUCCAACACGUCUGGCAAAUAACGCCAUGCCUCAGAAUCUGGUCUAUCAACCUCGGAUGCGCACAAAAGUUCUUCGGCUCGUGCAUCAACUGCUGCCUGGCGCCAGUAUGUGAAGCCUGCGGACUAUGUUUCAGCCAUAUUCGAGUUGAAAACAAGUAGUUUAAGCGCUCUUUGGGUCUCUCGUCACGACAUUGACUCUCCACAAGUAAAGCUAUGUCUAAACUGGACAAUCGAGGUUUUAGUUUUAAUAUCUGGUGACAUUACCAAACUUCUCAAUUUCACGAAGUCUCAAAAGAAAUCCUAUUUUGUGAGGAAAGAUCUAAUCCGCAAACAUGCACAAAUUUGUGUAAAUAUUAACAUCAAUAGCUAUGUAUAUACAGUGAAUUUGCGAAUAAAACCAGUAAAUAAAUGUUUUGAUUAAA